AUGAGCAUCUUGGUGUGGAACUGCCGAGAGCUUGGGAACCCUCUGACAGUUAAUGUCCUUAGGAACUUAACUAAGGAAAAGUACCCCAACUUAGUUUUCCUAGUGGAAACUAAAUGCAGAAGGAAUAGAAUGGAGGUAGUAAGGAGAUGUUUGCAGAUGGAUGGGUGUUUUUCAGUGGAUUGUGUGGGGUUUAGUGGGGGUACUGCUCUCAUUUGGAAAGAGGAUUGGAGUGUUAAAGUCAUCAAUUAUACAAGAUGGCACAUUAGUGCUUUGAUCCAGGAGGAAGGAAGUGGACCAACAUGGCAAUUCACAGGUUUCUAUGGACAUCCUGACACAGGAAAGAGAAGCAGUAGUUGGCAAUUGCUAAAGAUGCUCAAACCAACUAGUUCUAUAGCUUGGUUAUGCGCUGGGGACUUUAAUAAGAUCCUCCAACAAAGUGACAAGAUAUGUGGAGCCAGUAGACCAUACAAACAGAUUGAGGAGUUUAGACAAGCUGUGGAAUGUUGUGGUCUCAAUGACAUACAAUCAUAUGGGCAGGAGUUUACUUGGUCGAAUAAUAGAAAUGGCAGGGAAUUUACCAAAGAAAAAAUUGAUAGAGCUCUUGGAAACAAGGAAUGGAAUGAUCUCUAUAUCUAUGGUGUAUGCAAUGUUCUCCCUGCCAUUAAGUCUGAUCAUUCUCCCUUGUCAAUUAGUUUACAUAACACUAAUCAUGGAAGGAAGAAUCGAAGAUGGUGCUUUAGAUAUAAGAUGGCCUGGGAACUGAAGGAAGAAUGCCAGCAGGUGGUGAGUGAGGCAUGGCAGAAAACUUGUACAACAGACUGUAAGGCCAAAUUACUAAGGACCAAGCUUGAGCUAUGCCAAAAGGAUCUUUUGACCUGGAGGCAGACACUUAAGCAACAAGAAGAUAUGGUUACAAAAAGGAGAAACAAAGUAUUGGGCACCUUCAAAACACUGGUACGAGUGAGCACUUAG